AUGACCUCAGAUAUCGAGUCUUCAAAACUAGAAGAUAAUGGUACAACAAAGACAGAAAUCAUCUUUCCCAAUCUUUCAUUCAAGGAGAAAUUAAACUUAUUCUUUUCAAGAGAACCACCUCCAAAAGAACCAAACCCACAGUUUUUUUGGUGGUAUCCUCCAAAUCAAUCAAAGAAGGAGAAAACUGUUGUUUUCAAACUUGAUUGUUUUAUCCUUUCUUAUGUUUGCUUAUCAUAUUGGUCAAAAUAUUUAGAUCAAUCAAAUAUUAGUUCUGCUUAUGUUUCAGGAAUGAAGGAAGACUUACACCUACACGGUGCUCAAUAUAAUUGGAUUCAAAAUUGUUUCACGAUCGGGUUUGGGUUUGGUGGAUUGAUCAGUUUAUUAAUGACUAGAAUCUCUCCAAAUAUUAUCUUGCCUGGUUGUGAAGUAAUCUGGGGAGUUUUCUGUCUUGCAUUAUACAAGUCAAAUAGUUUUAGAUAUGUUGCUAUAAUGAGAUUCUUCCAAGGCUUAUUUGAAGGUUGUUCUUAUCCAGCAAUUUAUCAAAUUCUUGGUUCUUAUUAUAAUCGAAAUGAGUUGGCUCGGAGAGCUGGUAUUUUCACCUCUUCAGGAAUGGUUGGUUCGAUGUUUAGUGGAUAUUUCCAAGCUGCAGUUUAUAAAAAUUUGAAUGGAGUUAAUGGGAUAGAAGGUUGGAGAUGGUUAUUCAUUGUUGAUUUUUCAGUAACAAUACCAAUUGCAAUUUUAGGAUUUUUCGUAUUAAUCCCAAGAAAUGCUAAAAAAGUUUGGUGGUUGAAAAAAGAAGAACUUGAAUUAGCUAAUGAAAGAAUGAAGUUCCGUGGGAAACCACCUUCAGAUAAAUGGGAUUGGAAUUCUAUAAAGAGAAUCUUGUCAUCAUGGCAAUUUUAUGUUUUCCCAUCAGCUUUUGUUCUUUGGGAUUUAUCAGGUCAAGGUGGAAGUUAUUUCGCCAUAAUAAUGAAAGGGCUAGGUGGAUAUUCGGUUUAUCAACUAAACACAAUACCAACAAUCCAAACAGUAUUUAGAAUUAUCACAUGCUUAAUAUCAGGACUAGUUGUUGAUAUAACAGCCACAAGAUGGCAUAGCUUAUUAGUUGUGAUGAUUUUAUGGCUAACAGGAUUAGGUAUACUUGUUGGAUGGGAAGUUUCAAAAGGUGCAUUAUUUUUUGGAUUAAUCUUAUUAGGUGUUUCCACACCUUUUUCACCAUUAUGGAUGGGUUGGUUAAGUAGAUUAACACAUGAAGAUGUUCAAUUAAGAUUUGCUACAAUCAGUGUUAUGAAUUUGUUUAGCUCUUUGUUACAAAUUCCAUGGAGUGUGAAGCUAUUCAAUACGGAUUUCGCACCUAGAUAUUACAAAGCUUAUAGAUGGUGUCUGGGAUUGAAUUCAAUCUUAUUACUCUAUGUUCCUUUAACGGUUUUAUUUGAUAGGUACCAAAAUAGGAAAAGAGCCCUCUAUAAAAUUGAAGUUACAAAGAAUAAUGUCACAAUUAUAGAGGAUUUUUUCAAAUUGGAUUCAGAAAAGGAUCAAGAUUCAGUCAGUUUAAGGUCAGUUGAGAUUGGAACAAAGGAAAAAAGUGGGUUUAAAGUGACUGUUGUGUCUUGA